CCCCCCCCCCCCCCACCCCAGUUUUUUCCUUUCCUUUCUUUUUCUUUUUGCCCAUUGUUUCCUUUUUUCUUCUUUUUAUUAAAAUUUCCUUUUUCCACGGUGGGGAAGAGACACGAGAGAAAGACCGAAAGCUGUACUGCAAGGAUUCCGAGUUGUGCGAAAGGAUUUUUUUCUCUCUUUCUCCUCCUUCGCCUUUACAAGCGCCUGCGAUUGACACCACUAGAGACAGGCUGGUUACAGAGCAAACUGCUUCAUCCGGACUGGACCGGGCGGCUGGGAGGAACCGGGCAGGCACGACCUGGGGAAGCAGUCUGGGGGUUUCGCUACGGAUCUCAAGCCCCAUCUGUUUUGGUUUUUGUUUUCUUUUUCUUUUUUCUCUUUUCUUUUGGUUCUUUUGUUUUGCUUUGCUUUGGUUUUUUUGGUUGUUUUAAAUUCCUCACGGUGUUGGAACUAGUGAGUGCCGGAGUCUCAGACGCCUCAGCGGUCGCCCAGACUGCCAGGGACAGUGGAUUAAGAGAAAGAAGCUCUCCUGCCUGGGGCAUCACACACCCUGUUAUUCAGUUUCCUGCCUCGGAGAUAAAGAUCCCAGCUACAUGGGCAAACGCCUGGAUCAGCCACAAAUGUACCCCCAGUACACGUACUACUGUCCUCAGUAUCUCCAAACCAAGCAGUCCUAUGCACCAGCUCCCCACCCCAUGGCUCCUCCCAGCCCCAGCACAAAUAGCAGCAGCAACAGCAGCGGGGAGCAGUUGAGUAAGACAAACCUGUACAUUCGAGGACUUCCACCAGGCACCACGGACCAGGACCUCAUCAAGCUGUGUCAACCGUAUGGAAAAAUCGUAUCCACAAAGGCAAUUCUUGACAAGAAUACGAAUCAAUGCAAAGGUUAUGGUUUUGUAGAUUUUGAUAGUCCUGCAGCCGCACAGAAAGCAGUGGCAUCCUUGAAGGCAAAUGGCGUGCAAGCACAGAUGGCUAAGCAACAAGAGCAAGAUCCUACGAAUCUAUACAUCUCAAACCUCCCCAUAUCCAUGGAUGAGCAGGAGCUGGAGAACAUGCUAAAGCCCUUUGGACAUGUGAUAUCCACCAGAAUCCUGAGGGAUGCUAACGGAGUCAGCAGGGGAGUUGGCUUUGCCAGAAUGGAGUCUACAGAAAAAUGUGAGGUGGUAAUUCAACAUUUUAAUGGAAAAUACCUGAAAACACCACCAGGCAUCCCAGCCCCCAGUGAACCUUUGCUGUGCAAGUUUGCUGAUGGAGGACAGAAGAAGAGACAGAGUCAGAGCAAGCACACCCAGAACGGGAGGCCAUGGCCCCGAGAAGGAGAGGCUGGCAUGGCUCUGACCUAUGACCCCACAGCUGCCCUACAGAACGGAUUUUAUUCUUCACCGUACAGUCUCGCAACCAACCGCAUGAUCCCACAGACAUCUAUCACGCCCUUCAUUGCUGCCUCCCCUGUCUCCACAUACCAGGUCCAGAGCACGUCAUGGACGCCACACCUGCCAUACAUUAUGCAACCAACAGGUGCUGUGAUCACACCCACCAUGGACCAUCCCAUGUCAAUGCAGCCAACUAACAUCGUGGGUCCCCUGACGCAGCAGAUGAACCACCUUUCCCUGGGGACAGCAGGAACGAUUCAAUCCCAAGACAGAAUUAUGGUACUUCACCAGCUGUUAUGUCAGUAUAUGACUGCUGCUCCUAUGCAAGGGACCUACAUUCCCCAGUACACGCCUGUGCCUCCGACAGCUGUUUCUAUUGAAGGUGUUGUUGCUGAUACCUCUCCCCAGACGGUGGCCCCCUCAUCCCAGGACAGCAGUGGUCAGCAGCAACAGUUAGCAGUGGACACACCCAGUGAACACGCACCGGCAUACUCCUUCCAACAGUCCAAACCAUAGACAGAAGUGAGGAUGUCUAUCUGAACCUUUACCUUCAAUGAAGAAACGUCACUGAGCAAGAAGUUAGUUGGCCUCCGGUUUGCACAGGCGCCAAGGGAAAGCUUUCUUCUUCUUUUAUUUUUAUUAUUUUUUUAUUUUAUAUUUUACUCAAAGAAAACAAAAUUUUUAUGUGCUGUGCGAAUGGCUCCUUCCGUGUGCUCUAACAGUUAUUUUUGUCAUUUAUUUUAAUUAAAUGGAAAACAAAUCCCAGAAAGGGGAUGGGGUGGGGUGGUAAACAUCACGAGUUGAUGCUUUCUUUGGAAAAACAGAAUUUUUCCUGAAGAUAUAAGUAGUUGUUUUUGGUUUUGUUUUUGUUUUAAAUAGAAACACCAAUGUCAAGAGCUGGGCAACCAGAAGUUUAAGAAAAUUAUUUUCCUCAGUAAUUAAGCUAUUUUUUCUCUUUUUUCCUUUCUUGUUUAAACCUCUUUGGUUUUUUUUAUAUAUAUAUUUUUUAUGUUUUCUUAGAAAUAUUUAGGUAAGGUUUAUCUUGAAUCUUAAUUGCCUUAAUUUUAAGGACGUCAAAGGCUCCAGAGGCAUGCUUUCAGCGUCUUGUUAAAAAAAAAAAUCAAGAAAGAAUUGAGGUAUCAUGCCAGUUUUCACUGGCAUAGAAGAUGGAGACUGAGUUUUUAGGGUGGAAAAAAAAGGAAAAAACUGUACAGUUUAAAGGAAAAUGUUUUUUCUUCAUUUGAAGAAAAUUUGUUGAUAAAAGAAAUCAAGGCCAAGAACUGGGAAACGCUGGGACUUCUCAUGAACUUUGACACAAUCACUCUACAAGGCUAAAAGACAUUUUACGGUAAAGUUAUUCACGUCGGUUUUAAAAACAACCGCAUUAAAGAUAAUGCGUGUCUGGGGGGCAGAAUGCAGAUUUUUUUUUUUUUUUAAUUUACAAGAGCGUGGUUGCUAGCGAAAGCGUUAGUGCUUUUUAUCUGCAGUUUUUUCUAUGAGCUUUGUCAGGUUUUAGUCCAGCUUCGCUUGUCACAUUGCAAAACCCUAGCAUAAGAGCACUCAAAAACAAAACUUAAGUAGAUAGAAGCUUAUGGUCGAAAAAGUGCAAAAAAAUAAAAAAUAAAACAAAAACACACACACACACAAAAAAAAAACAAAACAAAACAAAAACAAAAAAAAAGCAAUAGAUAGAGAAAUUGUUGACAAUUUCUGUAGUCUUUCUUAGUUGUGGUCAAUUGCAGCCUAUGGAUGGCCUAUUUUAUACCAAAGAUGAAGCGAGACCCUGUUACAGGCGUGAUGGUAGACACUGCUUUUCUUUCUUUGAAGUUUCGUUUGACCUACAUGGCCGGACCAGUUCUAACUUCAUUUAAACUACCUUCCACUAGUGUGUUACAUACCACAAAAAAAAUUGUUUUUCUAAAAAUGUGUAUUUGUUGAUAGUUGAAGUCUGUUCCUACCCUGCUCAGCAGUUUAAGAAUGAAGACUCUAAGACCCAAUGGAUGGAUGGAUGCAGGCGGCUUUAACUCCUGUGAGCUUUCCUAGCUCCUGGCCAGCGUUCUCAGCAGUGGAGAGGUGGCUACCAAUACACCGGGUCCUUUGUUCAAGAGGUUGCAAUGUCCUCAUCUGAACUGCAGGCUAAGGAUGCUUCCCGAAGGAUGCUUCUGAUGUCUGAAAGGCCAUUUGUCGGAAAGGCUCAGUGAUAUUCAGCGCGGUGGGGUGUGGUCCCCAGAGAAGUUCUCGCAAAUUGGUAACAAUGUUUCUUUCAAACACCCAACAGAAACAGAUUUUGUCUUCUCACCUUCAUUUUGUUAUUGGCCCACCUUACACAGGCGCUUUAAUUCUGUUUGGGGAAAGGGUGUUUUUCUUUUACCUCCUCUGCCCUUUGUGUUCUCAUAUCUUGAUACUGACAGGAGAGACAACACAGCCCUCCUUAAAUUUUGGUUUAAUUCUCCAGAAUUAAGUGGGGCCAUUAAGAUCUAAGACUCCUUUGAGUGUGGAAGGGGCAAGCGCUUAACACGCUAGUUGACAAUCAAUAAAUUGUUUGCUUUCUAUCAACAAGAACCACAAGAAUUAGGGGUUGAUCCAGCACCGAAACCAAAGGAGAUAUUUGCACUUAGAGUAAUGCAGCGCUUGGCUUAAAAUGAUCAAAAUUGGCUUAGUGAGAGAGUCCUAACCAUUCUGACUCAUCAUAUCUGGGAUCAAAAGAUCUUGUUUUGCUAGAAGUUAAGAGGCUGCGGCAUGGAACUCUGGGACCAUUCCCAAGAGCGGCUUUUGAAUGAAAUUAUUUGAAUCCAGGAGGCAAAGCUCCUUUCUACAGGGUUAGUCUGGCUGGGUGCAUAGGGAGGGCACAAACACAAGCCCCGGAGAGGAAGAGAGUGAGUGGGCUUUCAGAGACAAAACAACUUAUAAGGCAAAUCACAGUCCCAUUAGGUUCCCACAACUAAUGAGUCUUAGCCAGUCCGAAGGUCCAUAUUUCGCUGUCUCGCUAGAGCCUGGUUCUCUUCUUUGCAAUCCUGUAAACUGAGAGCUCAGAUCCAGAAAGUCACCUCUGAUGUUGGCCAUCACGCUAAUUACAGAGCGGUAUCCAAGGAAACGGCAGCCCACUGCAGAGACAUUCUGUGCUUCACCUUUAUCCUAAUGUCUUUGCGUGCUUCCGGGGGAACCCGAGAUGCCCUCAUCCUACCGUCACACCGGUCAGCUCUCUGUGUGUUGGAAGGGUGGACUUGAAUUUGUCUGUGGAAAGAAAACCCUCGAGUUCCAGGAGCUCUCAGAAAACUCGCUUGAGACUCCACUUUCUCUUUCUCCUUCAGUUUCUCUCGGCUCUCUGUGUAAGUAAGGAUUAUCCUGGGCAUCGUUCAUUUGAAUAUAAAACCAACAUACGUUCUUGUCCUUUCUGUAAAAGUACAAAGUACCUGUAUUCACGUGAUACAAAGAGAGUCUCAUUUGCAUAACCAAUAAUGAGGCUUCAAGGUAGCUACCAUGUGGCCAUUGAAGGUGCCUAAGGAACUUCAGCCCCUAACCCUCAUCUUAUAUAGUAACUCUGAAACGUUUCCUUCAACUCUGAAAUUUCCGUGAUCUCUUUUCUGUUAAGCCACCUCAGGCCAAAGGAAAUCAUUAUGUCAUUUUUCUAUGUUUCUGUGUGUUUUACGUUUGGCCUGUCUUGAUAAUGCCAUUCCAUAAAAUCUUUUGAGAAGAAAAAAAUGUGCAUAUUCAAAUUGGCUCCCUCUUUUUCUGUCAUUUUUACGUAAGAAUUGUUUUUCAGUAGUCCAACAUAGAAGGGAAAGAAAAGACAUCAAUUACUAUGUUGUAAUAAAAACAAGAUACCUUCUCCCCCCCCCCCAAAAAAAACCACUUAUGCAACGGGUACAGUGCAGAUGCUGGAAUCUCAACCUAGUCACCACUAAACAUGGUUGUCCUCAUGAUUUAGUACUAUAGUCGUUUUUUUUUUAUAUUAAAGGAAAAUUCUAAUUCUUGAGAUUGUCAAAAUAUUUUGAUUUUAUUUCCUUUCAUUAACACAGACUGGAUUUAGGAUAUCAGCUAGAGCCAUGAUCCAAACAAGAUAAAUUCCAAGUCAUCUAAAGGUUACCUAGUAUGUCAGAACAGUGGAUUUCUUUGAAUAAUGACAAAGAUAUCAUGAGAGGCAGGAUGUGUGAUGACUGGUAGCUUUUCUCCCCUAAGGACUCCAGGAUAGAACCUGUGUGAGAUAUCAGCAGGUGCUGAAGAUAAAAAAUAAUUGCUUAGCUUUUUUUAAUACUUUGUUUAAUGGUUAAAAUAUCUAUGAAAAACUUCACAUCCUUUCUAUUGACUUAAAAAAAUCCCCUUCACUGAAGAGUGGGAUUUGGUCUCAGCAGGGUCCUCUGCACUCUUCUUUAUAGUGGAGAUGUUUGGAUGUGACAUCUGCACAGACUAUAAUGUUAAUAGGCUAAAACUACUUUUGACAAUCCAAUCUCACCCGCAGGAGUGUGGGCAGAACUCGAGGAGAGCUGAGGACUGAAAAGUAAGUCUUACAUGGGCAUCAGUGGAAAACCCAUGAUUUCAAACUAGUGAGACAGCAGGAUUGAAAGUCACCUGUAAUGGCUUUCAGCAUGGCACGCAAUCACACAUCAGAAUAGUAUAGAAUCAUGUCGCAGAGCCUUGAUCUAUUUUAUCUUGACCACAGUGUGGAGCAAUGAAUAAGAUUUCUUCCUUUAUUUUUUUCAUUUUUUUUUCUUUUUUGCCAUUGGGACCAGUAUGUUGACCAUUUAUUUUGAGCCCCCUGGCCUUGAUAGAUUCUCUUGAGCCCCAGGAUUAGCUGGACUGGCAGGUUCCUUGAUUCCAUUUCCUUUUCAUGGGGUUUCUUUCAUCCAGGUAUCGACUCAUUUUAUGGUUUCGGUGUUGUAAGAUGUUUGAGCCUAACUUGAGAUUAGCAUUUGUUACCCAUACAAAAGUGACCUGUGCUGGCCAGCCUCUGGGAUGACCUGGAGUUUAGAAAGAACAAAGUCCAAAGCUCUAAGUAGCUCAUGAUUUAAGAAAAUGGGUUCAGCACGGAUUUCUGACUUCUACUGUCGUUGAGCAGACACCCCAACUUGUAACAUGCACACAUAGUCGCUGUCACAGAAAGGACUGGAUGUCUUCUAAGCAGUAACAGCCAUGAGGUUCUGGGCAAGAAAAUAAUAUGCUAUGGUAUUCAUUUCAGAGAUGUACAGAGAGAAAGGGGCAAGAUGGAGCUUGGGGAUAAAUACAAGCCCAGAGUCACCUGGGAGAUUUUCUUAACACUGCUGCAUUUCAAAGAAACCCAAUCACUGUCAAUAUUCAAAGGGCUAGCUAACCAGUUUUGUGGGGGUGUUUUGUGUUUUCUUGUCAAUGACUGGCCCUAUUAACCUUAGCAUCUCACUGCAAGGGUGGACAGAAGAAACCCCUUAAAAUAACAUUGCACACCAGUCUGUUUUGCUUCCCAAGUACUGAUAUAUCAAGAGAGCUUUAAUCAUUAUUGAAACUAAUGUCCACAUGUCAUACAUUGUGAAUUUCAACAGUCCAUAAAUGUCCUUUUCCUAUCCACCACACAUAAGCGAGAGUUGGCUGCAUUCUUGCAAAAACACAAACAGAAAAAUUAUAAGAAUAAACUUGGCUCUCCUUAGAAGAAGGCUACUUUGGCUCCAUUCUCUUGACUGAAACUCAAACCAGGACAAAAAGAUCAACAUAUUCUCUAACAGAAGAAAAUAAGAUCAUUUUGGCUAACUACACAGUUUUAAUCCCCUUCUUAAAUCUUUCAACUAAAAAAACUAUCAUUUUUAUUUUUGUUGUUGUUUCUAUUUGAAUUUGUGUUACUGUAUUAAGACUUAAAGUUACUCAUGUCCUGAGGCAUAAUUUUAUGGCCACUAUGUACCUAAGUAAAAAGUGUAGCAUUAGUGCUACACUUUGGACUUAGAAACCUAUGGUCCAACAUUGUUAAUGAAGAUACUCUCUCCUCCUCCCCAACUGUGUUACAUCCUCACAUGUAAAAAAGAAGUGAGCUGUUCCAUCCCUGUUAGGAAUAAUAACAUUAUUUCAAAGUGGCAUUGGGUAUCUAAAAUUACAUUGUUUUCCUGUCUGGAAACAAUGGUCCCCAUUAACUUAAGAAAACCAUUGGAAUCUUUCAUUUUUAAGCACUGGGUGAAAGUACUUCAGUUUCUAGGAAAACUGUGACAGGGCUUCCUCUUUAAAAGCCUUGGUUUAGGUCAUCUUCAACUUCCUGGACCUCCUGAAACACCCUUUUGAGAUUUUAUUGAAGGGCAUCUUUGUAUUGCUGUCUCUGACUGUCACGGAGAGUUCUGUAAUCCUCUGGCGUUUCUGGUUUUUAUCUCUAAGUUCUUUCAUGUGUACCAUGGUCAAGUUAGUUACCAUUUCCCCUGUUUCCUGGGCUCUCUGUAGAUCAGUGGAUAUUAGGUUUCAAUUUCUGUUUUCUUUGAUGAAGCUUUCAAUAAAAAAUGGAAAUAAAAUCAACAAA